AAAAAAAUAUGGCGACCGUCACAGCGGCGCAUUUAUGUGGUUGAACUGAUCCAUGUAAACGUGGAGGUUUACAUGUUUACUUUUGAAAAAUAUGUAACGGGAUCUAACCUUAAAAUUAAUUUUGAGAGAGGUAUGAUUCGAUGACUGUAGUGUAACAGAAUUAUUUUCUAUAACAAAAAAACUGUCAUGUAUGAUUGCUUCGAUCGACGUACCCAAGUCCAAAAGAAAAGCUUGGAUAUUUAGCACGAUGUCGGAUUCUGGGAAGGAAGAUUCCUUGACAAAGUUAAACACCGCUCUUAACAGAUCAAUGGUUCUCAUGGAACGCACUACGGAAACGUCCGAACCAGUAAAAAGGUCUAAGUCAAUUAAAAUCAACACAUCGGUUGAACCGCUUGGUACAACACCGGUCAAACCUGUUAAAUCUAGGAAGAGCAUCUUGAAGAGGACCGAACCUUGUAAUGGUGUUAACGGUAUUGAACAAAUGGAUGCCGAUGUCCAACAGUCCCAAUCUACAGCAGAAAAAUUGCCAUCGGCAACAGAGGAUGAAGGAACCAGACCACAAACGCUUCAAGAAUUAGUGGAAACUCAGAAGUUGGCCAUUGCCUCUACUGAUCCAUCGAUCAGUUUCGAUGAUAUUUCCGAUAGCGAAGACGUAUGGAUAGUGGAUAUUCCAAUAACGGUUAAUCCUCAACUGCUGCGUGGACAUAUGUUGCAACUGGGUGAAAGAAGCAAAUUAAAAAUUGGAGACGAUAGUUAUUAUGCUAUUCAGCGAGGGAUUAAAGAAAAUAUUACUUGCGUCUUCAAUGCCGGGAAGCAGAAGAAACAAUAUAGAACAGUUAACGUGAAACCUGCUGGAGCACUAACGGUACGUCGAAAACUUAGUGGAAAUGCAAAAAUAAAGUAUCCAUCUGUGGAGACAACGAGUGUACCGUUCCCGAAAAAUUUGAAAACAAGGCAUCCACUCUUUGGCGCAAUGUACGAAGACAAACUUAAAAAGCUGACAUAGCAGUUUCAUGAAUUUGAAAAUCUUAAUACGCUGCCAUUCACUGUCAUUACGAUUAAGCGAAGUAAAAAAUGUUCUGUUUCAUGUAUUCGAUAUCUUAAACUAAUUUUGAUAUCUUUGAAAAAAGUCUCUAGUUUAAUCAUCUUAGUUACGCUCAAGUAUGUAUAUGUAAAUACAUCGUUCAUUAACAUUUAA